AUGAAGUCUCUUGCAACAACCUCUUUCUUAUGUGCUCUACUUCUGUUUGGAGUGUUAUUACCUUUCUCCUCAAAUGCACAACUUGAUCCAUCCUUUUACAACAACACUUGUCCAAACGUUAGUUCCAUUGUUCGUGAUGUCAUAAGAAAUGUUUCCAAAACAGAUACUCGUAUGCUUGCUAGUCUCGUCAGGCUUCACUUCCAUGAAUGCUUUGUUCAAGGUUGUGAUGCAUCAGUUUUGUUGAACACAACGGAUACCAUUGUGACUGAACAAGAUGCUUUUCCAAAUAUCAACUCUUUGAGAGGUUUAGAUGUUGUCAACAAAAUCAAAACAGCUGUAGAAAGUGUUUGUCCUAACACUGUUUCUUGUGCUGAUAUUCUUGCACUUGCAGCUGAAUUAUCAUCUACACUGUCUCAAGGUCCUGAUUGGAAAGUUCCAUUAGGAAGAAGAGGAAGUUUAACAGCAAACCAAACACUUGCUAAUCAAAAUCUUCCAGCUCCAUUCAACUCAUUAGACCAACUUAAAGCUGCAUUUGCCAAACAAGGCCUUAAUACUACUGAUCUAGUUGCUCUCUCUGGUGCUCAUACAUUUGGAAAAGCUCAUUGCUCUUUAUUCGUUAGUCAAUUGUACAACUUCUGCAACACAAACAAUCUUCAUCCGAUUCACCUCACAACAACAAACCAGUUUCUAUCGUUCCGUUCUGUCUUCCGGCUUCCGCUUACCAACCUCCUCACCAUCAGCAACGCAUAA